UUCAUUUUUUAAAAUGUCAAACUGAUAACAAAUGUAUAAUAUAGGGAUGAAAUGAUUAUUUAAACAAAAAACAUAAAUUAAUUGAAGAUGAUCUAGCCGCAUGGAUUCUUACUCUUUUCUCUCACGAAGGCAUGCAUAUAUAAAAACACCUACUUAGCCAUCAUCUACAAUACAUACCCUUAAAUCAUAGUACUCACUAAAAAUCACCCAAAAAUAACAAGAAAAUGCAAAUCCUCCAAUCCUCCUUAGUUUCUUCUUCUCUCUUAGCCUUUCUUCUUAUUCUUUCUUCACCAAGUUUGUUAACCUCACCCCAACCCCCUUCCAUUGUAUGCAAAUCCACUCCCUACCCAAAGCUCUGCCGUUCCAUUCUCUCAGCCUUCACAUCGUCGCCCUCCGAUCCCUACAACUAUGGCAAAUUCACAGUCAAAAAAUGCCUUAAACAAGCUGAAAAACUUUCCAAGGCUAUCAACCGUUACCUCACUCACAAAAAAUACUCCCCAUCAUCCCACUUGGAAGCUGGUGCAAUGCAAGAUUGUGCUCAACUAGCUGACCUUAAUGUUUUUUACUUGGAGAAGAUCUCGGUUGAGUUGAAAUCGGCUGUUGAUUCCAUGACUGAUGCCUUGGUGGACCGAGUCUCGAGUUUACUCAGUGGGGUUGUGACUAAUCAACACACUUGCUUUGAUGGGCUUGCCGAUGCCAAGAGUAGUUUUGCUAGUGUUUUGGCUGAACCACUCGCUAAUGUGACUCAGUUGUAUAGCAUCUCGCUUGGGUUGGUGACUCAUGCGUUGGACCGGAACCGUAAGCGAUUUAAAAGAAGUAAGGGAUCUCAAAACCCGGGUACUUUGAAGCAUAGGUUUCGCCAACCGCUUGAAUCACUCAUUGAGGCUCUACGAAAAUCUUAUCAUUGCAACAACAAAUCAACAGAUUGUCAUAAGGGGCAACGGAUUCUUGGUGAAGUAGAGGGCAAAGGAAUUCUCAUUAAUGAAACUAUUAUAGUAGGUCCAUACGAUGGCGACAAUUUCACAACCAUUGGAGAAGCCAUUGCUUCUGCACCAAACAAUUCGAACCCUGAAGAUGGAUAUUUCAUAAUCUAUGCUAGACAAGGAUAUUACCAAGAGUAUGUCAUUGUCCCCAAAGAAAAGAAGAACGUUAUGUUGAUUGGAGAUGGAAUCAAUAAGACCAUAAUCACUGGAAACCAUAAUAGGAUUGAUGGCUGGACAACUUACAAUUCUUCAACCUUUGUUGUUACUGGAGAGAGAUUUGUAGCUGUAGAUGUUACAUUCAAGAACACAGCUGGUCCAGAGAAACACCAAGCUGUGGCUGUGAGGAACAGUGCUGAUUUCUCCACAUUCUACCGCUGCAGUUUUGAAGGGUAUCAAGAUACACUUUAUGUACAUUCCCUAAGACAAUUUUACAGGGAAUGCGAUAUCUACGGAACUGUUGAUUUCGUAUUUGGAAAUGCUGCUGCUGUAUUCCAAAGUUGCAAUUUUUACGUUCGGAAACCAUUGCCUGAACAGAAAAACACAAUUACAGCUCAAGGAAGGACCGAUCCGAAUCAAAAUACCGGUAUUUCGAUUCAAAAUUGCACUAUUGAAGCUGCACCAGACUUGGCAACCGAUUCAAGCAACAACUUAAAUUAUUUGGGUAGACCCUGGAAGCAAUAUUCUAGAACAGUGUUCAUGCAAUCAUACAUGGGAAAUUUGAUUAGUCCCCCUGGAUGGUUGGAAUGGAAUGGAACAUUUGGACUUGACACAUUGUCUUAUGGGGAGUUUGGAAACUAUGGACCAGGUGCAGAUACAAGCAAGAGAGUGAAGUGGCCUGGCUAUAGUUUAUUGAAUGCUACACAAGCUAUGGAUUUUACUGUCUGCAAUUUCACCAUGGGAGACACUUGGUUGCAUCAAACUGAUAUACCCUUUUCAGGUGGAUUAUACAAUUAA